AUGAAGUUGACUACUAUUCUGCCGGCCCUUUUGGGCUUCUUUUCUUUGGCUGUGGCAGCCCCAACACCAGAGACUCUCGAGGCUCGGUCUUCAGUCAGCGUAAAACUAGCCUCUGGAACCAUCGUCGGCAGCUCCCUCUUAGGCAUUGAUACCUUUAACGGUAUACCCUUUGCUGACCCUCCGGUGGGCAACCUCAGACUUGCUCCUCCUCAAAAGCUAUCCAAGAACUUGGGAACGUUUAAUACGCCCGUACUUCCUCCUGCGUGCCCUCAAAUGUUUCUUUCGACAGGCUCGUCAAACAUUCUGAUCAAGCUGUUGGGAAGCUUCUUGAACUUUCCUUUCUUGCAGCCCAUCACUGGCCAAGAGGACUGUCUGAAUAUCUCUGUCCAGCGGCCUGCAGGCACCAAGGCCGGUGACAAGCUGCCAGUGGCAUUUUGGAUAUACGGUGGAGGAUUUCAGCUUGGUGCCACAGUCACCUAUGACGGCACCAGUCUCCUCGCUACUGCCAUUGCUCAGAACCAGCCCAUUAUCUACGUUGCUGUCAAUUACCGCGUUGCAGGUUUCGGCUUCCUUCCUGGAGCUGAAAUCCUCAGGAAUGGUAGCGCAAACUUGGGGCUCUUGGACCAACGCAUGGGCCUUCAGUGGGUGGCUGAUAAUAUCGCGGCCUUUGGCGGCGAUCCAGACAAGGUCACCAUCUGGGGCGAGUCUGCCGGUGCAAUGUCUGUUUUUGACCAGAUGCUUCUUUACGGCGGCAAUGCUACGUACAAUGGCAAGCCUCUGUUUCGCGGUGCCAUUAUGAAUUCUGGAACUGCCGCACCAGCUGAGCCUAUCGACUCUCCAAAAGCUCAAGCCGUGUAUAACAAUGUUGUCAACAAGGCCGGCUGCAGCGGAAAGGCGGAUACUUUGGCAUGCUUGCGUCAAGCUCCUUACAGCACGUUCCUCAAUGCGGUUAACUCGGUACCAAGCAUCUUCUCCUACAACUCUCUUGGGCUGUCUUAUUUGCCACGCCCGGAUGGCGUUGUCCUUGAGGAUAGUCCCGAGGUUCUCUUCGAGCAAGGCAAAUACUAUCCAGUCCCUAUGAUUGUCGGCGAUCAGGAGGAUGAGGGCACAUUGUUCUCUGUGUUCCAGACCAACGUGACCGACACCCCGAGCCUUGUCAACUGGCUAUCCACGUACAUGUUCUCCAAUGCCACAAAAGCUCAACUGACUCAAUUGGUGAAUACGUACGAUACCGCUAUUUCCAGCGGUAGUCCUUUCCGGACAAGUAUUUUCAACGAAUUUUACCCCGGAUUCAAGCGAACGGCCGCGCUUCUCGGCGAUCUCGUUUUCACGCUCACCAGACGCAUGGAACUCACUACUGCCGCAAAACUGAAUCCCAGCGUGCCCAUUUGGUCUUACCUCUCAUCUUACGACUACGGCACCCCCUUCCUCGGGACUUUCCAUGCUUCCGAUAUCUUACAGGUGUUUUACGGAAUAUUGCCUAACAAUGCCAUGUCGAGCACCAGAACAUAUUUUUUCAACUUUAUGUACAAUCUGGAUCCAAACGUUGGGGUGACAAGAUACGCCAAGUGGCCCAAGUGGACGGAUAACCAGCAGCUUAUGUGGUUCCAAUCUUCCAACUCGAAUAGUCUGCUGGCGGAUAACUUCCGGAAUGAGAGCUACCAGUGGAUUGUUCAAAAUAAGGCUGUUUUGAGAGUGUAA